GCAUCAAAAGAGAGACCGACUUCUGGUGAAGCAUUUGGUUCUAAUUUUGACAAAAUUACGUUGAAGAAAAUAGAAAAUGAGCUUGUCAGAUUUGUUUGCGUCACUAGAUAUCUCUCAGACGUCGUCCGAAAGGAGAUUAAAAAACCUGAGGAAGAAAACUGAGGUAAACAAACCUAGCACGCUAGACGAUGUGGAGAUCCUACAACCAUCAACUGAAAGCCAUUUGAAAAAGAUCAAGUACUUUGACAGGAUAAAUGAGACUAUCAAAGAUAGCUUUAGAAACGAUUUGCAAAUAAAAGUCGCAGUUCUGGCUGAAGCUGGACCCACAAUUGCACCAUGUUACACCGCUCUCGGCACUGCCUGGCACGACCUUCUGAAGGAAUCAAUAAAGGGAGAGGAGAUGACAGAGUAGGAGGAUCAAGAUGUAGCGGCAGCCGAAUCGUUA